AUGCCUCACCUGCGAAUCGGCACAAUACUCGCCUCACGCGCUGCUCGGCUCAUAACCCAUUUCGUCAUUUUUCCCCCUUCCGCCUCUCGUUUCCUCAAUCUCAUUUCCCCCCCUUCCGCCUCUCAUUUUCCCGGAGCUCCUCCCUCUCGUUUCCCCCCUUUCUCCCUCUCGUUUCCCCCCCUUCCGCCUCUCAUCUUCCCCCCUUCCGCCUCUCGUUUCCCCCCCUUCUCCAUCUCGUUUCCUCCCCUCCUCCCUCUCGUUUCCCCCCUCCACCCUCUCGUUUCCCCCCCUUCCGCCUCUCAUUUUCCCCCCCUUCCGCCUCUCGUUUCCCCCCCUUCUCCAUCUCGUUUUCCCCCCUCCUCCCUCUCAUUUUCCCCCCUUCCGCCUCUCGUUUCCCCCCCUUCUCCCUCUCAUUUCCCCCCCUCCUCCCUCUCGUUUCCCCCCCCUUCCCCCUCUCGUUUCCCCUCCUUCUCCUCUCAUUUCCCCCCUUCUCCCUCUCAUUUCCCCGUUUUCCCCCUCUCGUCUCCCCCCCUUCUCCCUCUCAUUCCCCCCCCCCCUCCCUCUCGUUUCCCCCUUUUCUCCCUCUCGUUUCCCCCCUUUCUCCCUCUCGUUUCCCCCCUCCUCCCUCUCAUUUUCCCCCCUUCCGCCUCUCGUUUCCCCCCCUUCUCCCUCUCAUUUCCCCCCCUCCUCCCUCUCGUUUCCCCCCCCCUUCCCCCUCUCGUUUCCCCUCCUUCUCCUCUCAUUUCCCCCCUUCUCCCUCUCAUUUCCCCGUUUUCCCCCUCUCGUCUCCCCCCCUCCUCCCUCUCGUUUCCCCCCUUUCUCCCUCUCGUUCCCCCCCCUUCUGCCUCUCAUUUCCCCCCUUUCCCCCUCUCGUUUCCCCCCCUUCUCCCUCUUGUAACUCCCCCUUCCCCCUCUCGUAUUCCCCCCUUCCCCCUCUCGUAUUCCCCCCUUCCCCCUCUCAUUUCUCCCCCUCCUCCCUCUCGUUUCCGACCCUUCCCCCUCUCGUUUCCCACCCUUCCCCCUCUCGUUUCCCCUCCUCUCAUUUCCCCAACUUCUCCCUCUCAUUUCCCCCCUUCCCCCUCUCAUUUCCCCGCUUUCCCCCCUCAUGUCGCCCUCCUUCCCCUCAUUCACCCUUUCCUUACCCUCAUCUCCCCAUCUCGUUUCUCGCAUUUCCCCUACUCCGUCCCCUCGUUUCCCCCUCUCCCCUCAUUUCAUCCUCUCGUUCCACAAAAUCCCCAACUCUCGUUUCCCACAUUUCCCCUUAUCCGUCCUCUCCUCUCCCUCUCUCCGUCCCCUCCUUUACCCCUCCUUCCCCUCAUUUUCCCCUCUCCCUCCCCUCAUUCCCCCCUCUCCUUUCCCUCAUUUCCCCCCUCUCCUUUCCCUCAUAUUUCCCCUCCUUCCCCCCAUUUCCCUCGAGGAGGGUUCGGCUUACCCUCUGUUUCUUCUGCAGCUUGCCCUUGUCUGUAA